AUGAAUUCUAUAUAUAGAAUUGUUAAUUUUGUUCUUAUUGUGAAUAUAAUUUAUAGUAUUAUUUUGAAAAAAAAUGUGGAAGGAAAUAAAUGGUUAGCUGUACGACCCAAUUCAAGUGAAUAUAUUCAUACUCUUCUAUUUCCUAAUUCAAUUUUUAAAUACAAAUUUCGUGGCAACGAUACAAAUGGAUUAUUCACAUUGUUUGAAGCUGAAUAUUUAGAUGAUGGUCCUGGCAAACAUAUUCAUACUCGAGAAGAUGAAUUAUUUCAUAUAAUUGAUGGUCAUGUACAAUUUUUUGUCGAUGGAAAACAAUUUUGUGGAUCAACUGGUGAUUAUGUAUAUGUACCACGACAUGUGUCUCAAGCUAUUCGAAUACAAAAUAUUGAUAAACGUGCAAAACCAGUUCGAAUACAAAUUCUAUUGACUCCAUCAGGUUUAGAAGGAUUUCUAGAUGAAAUCGAACCAUUAUAUUAUAAUGGUCAAGAUAAUCUUACAUUACAAAAUGAUAUUGCAGAUAAAUUGGAAUUAUUAAUUUAG